AGAUUAGGGAGGUGAGCGUGACUCAGGCGUUUGAAGCGCCUCCAGCUGGAGCUCAGGUCUCUACUGUCUCCCCGGCGGGCAGGCUACCACAGCUGAGCCAGGGGCUCCGGAGGAGAGCCCAGCUGUGAGGCGUUGCAGGCUUCCCGGGAUCCCACCGGGCACUGAGAUCUGGGCCGCACGGGGGAUGCUGCCUCCAGGCUGAUUGUGGGACCAAGCGAGGGACAAUGAGCCAAACACCCAUGGAGGGGCCAGACCAGGAGGACUAUGAGGAGGGGCUGGGGAGCAGACUGGAUGAAGAGGGCUACAGGGACCCCGAACUGAAGCAGUCGAAGAUGUCUCUCGAGGAGCAAAGCAGUUACGGCUCUUUGGACCUGAGCCAGGAGGUGUCAGGGAACGUGGGGGCCGCUCGCCCAUCCACCUCGAGCCGGAGGACACAUGAGGCAUACGUGGAGCUACAGGAACUGGUCAUGGACAGGAACAACGAGCUGCGGUGGAUGGAGGCCGGCCACUGGAUCAAGCUGGAGGAGGACUUUGAGGAGGCGGGGCACUGGGGGAGGCCGCACCUCACGUACCUGACGUUCCGCAGCCUGCUGGAGGUGCGCAGGGCCUUCACCAAAGGCACUGUCCUUCUGGACCUGCCUGAGAAGUUCCUGGCAGGCAUCACCAAUCAGCUGAUAGACCGAAUGAUCCUGGAAGGGCAGCUCCAGCCACAGGACAGAGAGGAGACCCUGAGAGCCCUGCUGCUGCAGCACAGCCACCCAAAUGGGUCUGAAUCGCUGGGCACCCUUCCCCUGGGCCAGCUGCAGCGAACGGAGGCGAAGGACGAGGCCGCCAUCCAGCCCCUGCCGCCGGAACAUCAUCAGAGAGCCCAGCUAGCCGGACGGUCCCUUCCUGAGCCUCGCUCUCCCCGGCAGGGCUUCCGGAGGGACGCCUACCUGGCGGAGGACCGCCAGGACCUGAUAAAGGGCGUGGAGGAGUUUCUGGACUGCAGCAUCGUCCUCCCGCCCUGCGAGAUCCAGAACGAGCAGUUGCUCCGGAGCCUGGUGCCUAUGCAGAAGGAGCUGCUGCGGAAGAGGUACCUGCCGGCCGAGAAGACGCCGGAAAUGAAGAUCGUAAAGGACUUGGAUCUGGGCCCCGCAGAGAAGGCCCUGGAGGAGGAUGACCCACUGCGGAGGACAGGCCGGCCCUUCGGGGGCCUGGUGCGGGACAUCAAGCGCCGCUACCCCAAGUACCUCAGCGAUAUCAAGGACGCCAUCAACGCCCAGUGCCUGGCUGCCGUCAUCUUCAUUUACUUCGCAGCCCUCUCCCCCGCCAUCACCUUCGGGGGCCUGCUGGGGGACAAGACGAAAAACAUGAUAGGGGUCUCGGAGCUGCUGGUCUCCACGGCAGCACAAGGCUUCCUCUUCUGCCUCCUCGGCGCUCAGCCCCUGCUGGUGAUCGGCUUCUCGGGGCCCCUGCUGGUCUUUGAAGAAGCCUUUUUUAAGUUCUGUGAGGGCUACGGCAUGGAGUACAUCGUGGGCCGGGUCUGGAUCGGCUUCUGGCUCAUCAUCUUGGUGCUGCUGGUGGUGGCCUUCGAGGGCAGCUUCCUGGUGCGCUACAUCUCGCGCUACACCCAGGAGAUCUUCUCCUUCCUCAUCUCCCUCAUCUUCAUCUACGAGACCUUCGCCAAGCUCGUCACGAUUUUCCAGAAUCACCCCCUGCAGAAAGACUACCUGUCAGCCAAGGAUCCUCAACCCAACACAGCCCUGCUCUCCCUGGUCCUCAUGGCCGGCACCUUCUUCAUCGCCUUCUUCCUGCGCAAGUUCAAGAACAGCGCCUUCCUGCCUGGCAAGCUCCGGCGUGUGAUCGGUGACUUUGGGGUCCCUAUUUCCAUCUUCAUCAUGGCGCUGGUCGACUUCUUGAUCAAGGACACCACGUUCACCCAGAAACUCAGCGUCCCUGAAGGGCUGCAGGUCUCCAAUACCACUGCCCGGGGAUGGUUCAUCCAUCCGCUGGGAGAGAAAGGGGACUUCCCGAUCUGGAUGAUGUUUGGCGCUGCCCUUCCUGCCCUCUUGGUCUUCAUCCUCAUCUUCCUGGAGUCGCAGAUCACCACGUUGAUUGUGAGCAAGCCGGAGAGGAAGCUGGUGAAGGGCUCCGGGUUCCACCUGGACCUGCUGCUGAUCGUGGGCAUGGGAGGCCUGGCGGCGCUCUUCGGCAUGCCCUGGCUCAGCGCCACCACGGUGAGAACCAUCACGCACGCCAACGCCCUGACGGUGAUGGCCAAGACCUCCACCCCUGGGGAGAAGGCGCAAGUGCAGGAGGUCAAGGAGCAGAGGCUCAGCGGGCUCCUGGUCUCCAUCCUUGUCGGUGAGUCCUUGGGCCCCGCCCCAGCCACCGGGCUGGGAUGAGGGGGGCGGGAGCCCGGCACGGAUUCCACCCCGGCAGGCCGCGAGUUCGGCAGCAUUGGCUUUGGCUGGGAUGGUUUCCCAGGGGUUGUGGCCUGGCUCCUAGCAGGCCCAGCCUGGGUGGCAGGUGAUGCAGGCAAGGGGAGGCAUUGCCUUUCCUCGCUGAACGGGAUCCAGCUCUACGACCGCAUCCUCCUCAUGCUCAUGCCCCCCAAGUACCACCCUGACGAGCCCUAUGUCAGGCGGGUGAAGACCUGGCGCAUGCACAUCUUCACGCUCACCCAGGUCCUGUGCCUGGCUGCCCUGUGGGUGGUGAAGUCCACCCCAGCCUCCUUGGCAUUGCCCUUCCUCCUCAUCCUGACGGUGCCUCUGCGCCGCUUCCUGCUCCCCAAGUUCUUCCGGGACGUCGAACUCAAGUGUCUGGACGCGGACGACGCCGAGGUGACCUUCGAUGAGACAGAAGGCCGGGAUGUGUACCAUGAAGUGCAGAUGCCGCUCUGAGCGCCCGCUCUAUGGUGUCCCCCGCAUCAGCGACAAAGGGCUCCGUUCCCCGUCUUUUCGGAGAGCCCUGAGGCUGGGUUCCAAGAACCAAGUGUGCGUGUUGUGUGUGUGUGUGUUUGUAUGAACGCAUGUGUGCUUGCAUACAGUACACACACACAUGCAUACACAUGCAUACACACACACAUACACACACACAUACACAUGCCUAUACACAUACACACGCAUACACAUGUAUAUCCACACAUACACGCACACAGAUAUGCCAAGAAAUCUAUGUUGCUAACAUACACACAUACACACACAUGCCCACACACACACUCACAGAGACAUGCCAAGGAAUCUGUGUUGCUAAACACUGAUAGAGAUAUGCCAAGGAAUCGAUGUUGCUAAGCACACACAUGCACACACGCACACAUGAACACACACUCACACUCACAGAGACAUGCCAAAAAAUCAAUAUUGUUAAUCACACACACACACACGCAUGCACACACACUCACACACACUCACAGAGACAUGCCACGGAAUCAAUGUUGCUAAUCACACACACACGCUCACAGAGACAUGCCACGGAAUCAAUGUUGCUAAUCACACACACACGCUCACAGAGACAUGCCACGGAAUCAAUGUUGCUAAUCACACACACACGCUCACAGAGACAUGCCACGGAAUCAAUGUUGCUAAUCACACACACACGCUCACAGAGACAUGCCACGGAAUCAAUGUUGCUAAUCACACACACACGCUCACAGAGACAUGCCACGGAAUCAAUGUUGCUAAUCACACACACACGCUCACAGAGACAUGCCACGGAAUCAAUGUUGCUAAUCACACACACACGCUCACAGAGACAUGCCACGGAAUCAAUGUUGCUAAUCACACACACACGCUCACAGAGACAUGCCACGGAAUCAAUGUUGCUAAUCACACACACACGCUCACAGAGACAUGCCACGGAAUCAAUGUUGCUAAUCACACACACACGCUCACAGAGACAUGCCACGGAAUCAAUGUUGCUAAUCACACACACACGCUCACAGAGACAUGCCACGGAAUCAAUGUUGCUAAUCACACACACACGCUCACAGAGACAUGCCACGGAAUCAAUGUUGCUAAUCACACACACACGCUCACAGAGACAUGCCACGGAAUCAAUGUUGCUAAUCACACACACACGCUCACAGAGACAUGCCACGGAAUCAAUGUUGCUAAUCACACACACACGCUCACAGAGACAUGCCACGGAAUCAAUGUUGCUAAUCACACACACACGCUCACAGAGACAUGCCACGGAAUCAAUGUUGCUAAUCACACACACACGCUCACAGAGACAUGCCACGGAAUCGAUGUUGCUAAUCACACACACACACACGCACACACACGCACUCACACUCACACUCACAGAGACAUGCCACAGAAUCGAUGUUGCUAAUCACACACACAC